GGGUAGCACCGCAGCGUGGAUGCUGCUCGGUCCCGCCGCCGCCCCGGAGGAGCGUGGAGCGGGAGCGGCCGGGCGGGGCCGGCGGGAGCGCCGCGAGGAGCCGCUCCCGCCGCCCACCCGGGCCCGCGGCCGGGGCAGCCUGGGGGUCGCAGCCGCACCCGGGGGCCGCGGGCGGCGGACAAAGGGCCAUGCGGGGCCGCGGACGCUGAGCGCGGCCGGGUGGGCCGGGGGAUGCGGCGCGGAGCGGGUGGGACCGGGGGGCCACAGCGACGCCCCUGAGCGCGGCGGCCGCGAUGCCGUGGUUCCCGGUGAAGAAGAUCCGCAAGCAGAUGAAGCUGCUGCUGCUCCUGCUGCUGCUCACCUGCGCCGCGUGGCUCACGUACGUGCACCUGAGCCUUGCGCGCCAGGGCCGCGCGCUGCGCCAGCGGCUGGGCUACGGGCGAGAUGGCGAGAAGCUGACCAGUGUGACAGAUGGCCGUGGUGUCCGGGCUGUGCCAUCUACACAGAGGGCAGAGGACUCCAGCGAGAGUCAUGAGGAAGAGCAGGCAUCUGACGGCCGGGACCCAAACACACUGCUCCCCGGAGAGCCUGGGAGGCCACCUCCUCUGAACCUCACCCGUCAGGCGCCCCCCUGGCGGGAGGAGUACAAGGGGCAGGUGAACCUGCACGUGUUCGAGGACUGGUGUGGUGGCGCCGUGGGUCACCUGAGGAGGAACCUACACUUCCCCCUCUUCCCUCACACUCGCACCACUGUGAAGAAGUUGGCCGUGUCCCCCAAGUGGAAGAACUAUGGGCUCCGGAUUUUCGGCUUCAUCCACCCAGCCAGAGAUGGAGACGUCCAGUUUUCUGUGGCUUCUGACGACAACUCCGAGCUCUGGCUAAGCGUGGAUGAGACCCCAGCAGCCGCCCAGCUUGUGGCCUUCGUGGGCAAGACUGGCUCCGAGUGGACAGCGCCUGGAGAAUUCACCAAGUUCAGCUCCCAGGUGUCCAAGCCCAGGCGGCUCAUGGCCUCCCGGAGGUACUACUUUGAACUGCUUCACAAGCAGGACGACCGGGGAUCUGACCAUGUGGAAGUGGGAUGGCGAGCUUUCCUGCCUGGCCUGAAGUUCGAGGUCAUCGGCUCUGCUCACAUUUCCCUAUACACAGCAGAUGAAUCAACGCUGAAGAUGGACCACGUGGCCCACGUCCCCCAGUCUCCAGCCAGCCACAUAGGUGGACGCCUGCCGCAGGAGGAGCCCAGCGCCGACAUGCUGCGGCCAGACCCCAGGGACACCUUCUUCCUCACCCCUCGGAUGGAACCUUCUAGCCUGGAGAAUGUGCUGGAGCCCUGCGCCUACGCCCCUACCUACGUCCUCAAGGACUUUCCAAUCGCCAGAUACCAGGGACUGCAGUUCGUGUACCUCUCCUUUGUCUACCCCAACGACUACACGCGCCUCACUCACAUGGAGACUGACAACAAGUGCUUCUACCGGGAGUCGCCACUGUACCUGGAAAGGUUUGGGUUCUACAAGUACAUGAAGAUGGACAAGGAAGAGGCGGAGGAAGAUGAAGAGGAGGUGCAGCGCCGCGCCUUCCUCUUCCUCAGCCCUGAGGACUUCCUGGCGGAGGAGGACGAGGGGGAGCUGCUGGACAGUCUGGAGCCCACUGAGAUGUCCCUGACACAGGGCAGCCGCAGGUCUCCAGCCCCAGCGGCCCCCACGGAGACUGCAGUCACCCCUGAUCCCGCAACACCACCCAGCCCCCUGGACCAGCACAUCCCCAGACACUCCCGGGCCCUGAGCUGGGCUGCCCAGGCCGCCCGCCCCCUGCCCCUCUUCUUGGGUCGAGCUCCACCUCCGCGUGCUGCUGAGAAGCCGCCCUCUAAGGUGUACGUGACCAGGGUUCGACCAAGACAGCGGGCCUCCCCAAGGGCGCCUCGCAGCCCACUUUGGCCUCCCUUCCCUGGUGUCUUCCUGCGCCCCAGGCCCCUGCCCAGAGUGCAGCUGCGGGCGCCCCCACACCCACCACGGUGGGGCCGGAGGACCGGAGGCCCCCAGACCAGAGAGCUGAGGCCCCCAACCCGGGCGCAGGCCACCCAGGGGGAUCAGGAGGGCCAGGCACUUGCGCCCGGACUGGCAGCGCUGUCCGCAGACUCGAACUCAUCAGCUGAAGCGCAAAGGGUGACCUCCUUCCUGAGCUUGUCCCAGGUAUCCAGGCCGCAGCUGCCUGGGGAGGGCGAGGAGGAGGAGGAAGGGGAGGAUGAUGGGACCCCAGGAGACGAGGCCUCAGAGGACAGCGAGGAGGAGGCCACUCGGGCUCUGGGCCGCUGGCGUGAGGACGCCAUCGACUGGCAGCGCACGUUCAGCGUGGGUGCCAUAGAUUUCGAGCUGCUGCGCUCAGACUGGAAUGACCUUCGCUGCAACGUGUCAGGGAACCUGCAGCUGCCCGAGGCUGAGGCUGUGGACGUGGUGGCCCAGUACAUGGAGCGGCUCAACGCACGCCACAGUGGGCGCUUCGCACUCCUGCGCAUAGUGAACGUGGAGAAGCGCCGCGACUCGGCGCGGGGAAGCCGCUUCCUGCUGGAGCUGGAGCUGCAGGAGCGCGGGGGCGGCCGCCUGCGCCUGUCGGAGUAUGUCUUCCUGCGACUGCCCGGGGCCCGCGUGGGGGACGCAGACGGAGAGAGUCCAGAGCCCCCUCCCGCUGCCUCUCCUCGACCCGACGGCCGCCCGGAGCUCUGCCGACCGCUGCGCCUGGCCUGGCGCCAGGACGUCAUGGUGCACUUCAUCGUGCCAGUGAAGAACCAGGCGCGCUGGGUGGCGCAGUUUUUAGCAGACAUGACCGCUCUGCAUGCGCGCACUGGUGACUCGCACUUCAGCGUCGUCCUGGUGGACUUUGAGAGCGAUGACAUGGACGUGGAGCGUGCCCUGCGUGUGGCACAGCUGCCCCGGUACCAGUACCUGAGGCGCACAGGAAACUUCGAGCGCUCUGCGGGGCUGCAGGCUGGAGUGGAUGCCGUGGAGGACCCGAGCAGCAUCGUUUUCCUCUGUGACCUGCACAUCCAUUUCCCGCCCAACAUCCUGGAUGGCAUCCGCAAGCACUGCGUGGAGGGCUCACUGGCAUUCGCACCUGUGGUCAUGCGCCUGGGCUGCGGGAGCUCCCCUCGCAACCCACAUGGUUACUGGGAGGUGAAUGGCUUUGGCCUCUUUGGGAUCUACAAAUCUGACUUCGACCGCGUGGGAGGAAUGAACACCGAGGAGUUCCGGGACCAGUGGGGGGGCGAGGACUGGGAGCUCCUGGACAGUGUCUCAGCCAGCUCCAGCAGGCAGGUGCCCUACCCACAGCUGGGAGACUGCGUUCCCUACAGCUGUGUAGCAAGUCAGCACAAAGGUGGUGGCUCAGAAGGACACUAAUUCAUCCCACGGUUCAGGAGACCGGAGGUCCCAAAGUCACGGCUCAACAGGGCUGCUUCCUCUGGAGACCAGGCUGGUCUUUCCUCAUCUUCUCCAGUUGGAUUUCUGGGUCCUGCACUUUCAUCUUCAAAGCCAGCAGCUGGGGGCCUGCUCGGGUUCACGUGCUCCCCCAGGCCCCUUGCCCCACCUGCAAGAACCCCAUGAUUACCUGGGGGCCACCCAGGCAACUCAGGUCCCCUCCCCCUCGACAUCCUUCAUGCAGGCACAUCUGCAAAGUUCCUUUGGCCAUGAAGUUAGGGAUGAGGGUCCUUCCGGGGCCAUUGUUCUGUCUGCCUCCUCACUCACCCUGGGGGGUAGGCAGCAGGUUGCCCCGCAUCUAGCCAUCCCUCGGGAUCCACCCAGGUUGAGCCGCAGAUCAGGUCUCAGUACGCAGGGCAGCCAGAAAGAUGAAGCCGGAAGGACAGAGGCACCCGCUCAGCCUGAGGUCCCAGAGGUAGCACUGCUGGAAGCCCUCAGGGGCAGCUGGCCACUGCCCAGCCUGCAGAUGCUGGCAGACACCAAGUUUCCUGUGACUUGCUGUUCACAAGGCAGAGACUGGCCAGCCACAGACUCAGCUGGAACUCCAGAGGCCUGUACUGCCCUCUCCUCCCAAAUAUGUAGUUCAGAAAAGUCCCCUCUGGAAGAUAUUUCAUAUCUGAAUUUAAGAACACAAGUUACCAAGCAUGGGUGGGACGAGGAAAGCAAAGAAAGGUAGGCAGGCAGGCGAGGCACACGGAAGAACCAUCUUGGAGGCAGAAGAGAUGUCCAGGCAAAACUGCACAUGAUGUGAACUCUGCAGGCACCAUGAUUUGUUAAUCCAUUUGACUGCUGAGCACCCACUGUGUGUUAGACCCUGUCCCUGAAGGACAGCCACCCUAGCACAGGUCGUGGGGUGCUUCAGACACCCAGCAUGGUGUCUGGCUGGGCCGGUGGCAAGUGCUGCAGAGGAACAGCCAAAGGGGAGCAUGAACGCUGGAGUAGGGGACUGGCUGGGGCCGCAUCUCUAAUAGGAUGGCCAGGAAGAGCAAGCCAAGCAAGUGUGCAGGAACCCAGCCAGGAGGGCGGGGGGCACAGCCCGCGGGAGGCAACUUGAAGUCAGUGACUGAAACAAUAGAAAUGAGAGCUGUCUCAACACCUGGGAAGGAGAGAAAAAUAAAACUUGCACAGAAAUAAAAGCCACUCUAGCAAAUUCUAAGAACAGCUGUUGUUGGGAACCUGGCGAGGAACCCAGGAGAAAACUCCAAGAAAAAGCACACAGAAGGAACUGAAAUAAAGCAGAUGAAAGAGGCCAGGGGAAGAGGGAGAGUAAACCACCCACGGAGGUGCCAAGAGGACAGGGGAAAGGAAACGUCCGAGGUCCACGGGGGCCAGAGCUUCCGGAAUCAUGUGCCACCAGCUGCAUGAGAAGCUGAGGCAGGAGGAUGGCAAGUUUGAGUCCAGUCUGAGCAACUGUGCAAGACCCUAUCUCACAAUAAAAAAGGGCUGGGGUGUGGCUCAGCGCAGAGCUUCUGCCUGGCAUGUACAAAAGGCCCUGGGUUUGGUCCCCAGCACCACAAAGAAAAAAACACCAUGCCAAAGAGUGAACCCAUGCAUAUGCAGAUGAGAGAAGACCCUGUGGCCUAAGAUAGGAUGGUGGGUGGUCCUGCCACCGGGUUGGGGGAGGGAUUCCGCCAGCUGUGGAACCCUGCAACAUCUGAGGGGAAGAGCAGGCUCUGAGUGGGACCCAGCACUCACUCCGAGCCAACCAAGGGACGGAGAACAAAGAAGACAAAGGACUCCAAAGGGGCAGAGGAGCUAGGCAAGGAGGCCCAGGAGCUGUGCACCUUCCUCCAGCCAGACCGAAGCUAACCGCCAAGAGACGGCACACAGCCAUGGCAGCAAGGGCGCUGGGAAGUGGCCCAGACCUGGCAUGGGGCUCUGCAGAGACCCCCAAUUCCACCAGUCAGCACGGGUCCCCAGAUCACGGCUACUCUGCUGCCACUCAGUGUCAGAAAUUUCUCCAGACGCCUGGCUUGCUUGCAACUUCUGGAAACUCGCUGGCCUUGCAAAACCUCAGUUUCUAGGCUGGUAAGGUGCAGGGAGGCAGAGCCCCACCUCCCAGUGCCCAGGGUGAGGACAGAAUGCAAAAGCAGGACUGAGCACCCUGCCAGCAACUCCUGUUUCUCCCAGAGCCCGUCCGCGGCUCUCCUGUGACAGCCUCACUGUCUAGGACUGCUAGGUGGAGCCUCUUUCCAGCCCUACCCCCCGGGGGCCACUGCAGGGCCACUCCAGCCACAGUCCUCCCUCCCUCGCCCUGACAUUCCUGCUCCUCGCAGAGGCUGGGACCCCCUCUCAAAAAAAGCAUCUGGAGGUUCCCGGGGCUCCCGGGGCCUCCUGCCCCCACCGGCUCCUCCGCUGGCUCAGCCGCACUGCACGCUUCGGAUCCCUGACAGGCAGCGUUGCUGUGGGCCGCUGUGUUGGUUCACGUCUGUGCCCACCAGACCUGCAGACCCCAGAGGUGCAGCCAGGGUAGCCUGGAGCACAGAAGAGCUCAGAAGGGACCAGGAAACACCUGAACAACGAUGCACUGACUGGACAGGCAGAAGUGGGUCAGUGCGUGCCCACGAAGUGCAGCCCUGGAGCCAGCUGGGACCCGGUCUCCUCCACUGCCGCCACACCAUCAGCCUGGACGCUGGUAGAGGCCCGCUGGCCCACUAGCAGUCCCAGGAUCCAGGGCCAGGGGCCACACUGCCCACAGAGCAAGUCCUGCUAGGUUCUUUGGAUGAGGAAGCCUGAACUGGACUCUGCAGAGCCCAGACCAUGGGACGUCGCUAGGCCUUCGAGCGUGGGCAACACCACCCAUGGGUUUGUGGACCAGAAGUGCCUGCAGCGCCCGGAGCCUGGCAGCUGUGCCCCAUCCCACCAGCUGGACACCAGGGUUGCACCGACACUUCCUCCCACCCCGGCAGACGGAGUGACCCUUGCCACCUCCUUAGCCUCUCUGUGAGCCUCCUGCUUCUGCUCCCGAGCGGGGCCGCCCCUCACCUGCUCACCCUGCGGGCUCCCAAGCCAUGCAGGCUUGCCCUCUGUCCCUCCAGACUCCACAGCACAGGCCUGUGGCUCCGCCCUGCUGCUUACUGUGGGAGCCCCACUAGAUCUGGGCCUGGGAAGCCUCCCGCUCCUCCCCUGCUCUAAGCUCUCUGCCCGCCACUGCUCUCUGCAAGGUGACAGCCACCUGAGGGUCCAGGGCAAGCACCACUCUCACCUGUGCAGGUCCCGGCUCCAGGUCCUUAGCCUGGCUGCACUGAGUUAGCUCCUGGGGAGGGCAGCCUGUUCUCUAAGCCCCCUGCAAAGCUCCCUCCAUACUUCAGACCCACCUGCUCCGGGAAGCCUUGCCCCCCUAUGCUGUCCCUGCAGCCAUGACAGGAAGUACCCAGAUUCCAGGCUUCCCUGGGACCCCAAGCUCCAGCUCAGGGUGGUCUGGGGCCUGGCGGGAGUACAUCCUACAAGGGGCUCUGCACCCACAGCCCCUUCUGCCAGGGGAGGGAAAGCCGCGGAACUGGCCUGGGGACUUGCGGGCGGCCUCUGGCCUCCUGUCCGGGCCCUCGCCAGGCUGCCUCUCCAUGCCUGCUUUCCUCCUCCUGCUGAGACCUCAACCUCGCCAAAGCCCCUUGCACCCAGGUGUGGUUCUGGCCCUCCACCCUGUGCCUCUCAGCCAUCCACAGUGGGCCUGAGUGAAGGG